CAAAAGUGCCGCCAAUCUGUCCUUCUACCAACAUCAUUCUUUGAUUCAAGUGUCACAAUUGAUCUCGACUCACUCACCCACUAUUCUAUUAGGAAUUACAUUGCCCUCCUCUGGCAUUCACCGUCCAAAAUCCCUAACCGAGGACAAAAUGCUGAGUCUCUUUGGCUUCGGCCCACUAAUCUAUGCGAGCUGUCUCCUCUUAAAUGCCGUCGCAAUUCUCUCCGAAGACCGUUUCCUCGCACGAAUUGGCUGGGGCAAAUCCUCUCUCAAUGAUCCUUCGAGCGGAGUUUCCUUUGGUGCAGUGGGCCAGGACCCUGAGAGUUUUCGUAGCAAGGGCAUAAAUCUCAUUUCCAGUAUUCGCACUCUGUGUCGAGUUCCGCUCAUAGGCGUCAACUUGGUCAUCAUAAUCUACGAAAUUCUCCUGGGGUAACAUAUAAGAUGCCAUUGUCGACCUUGGCCAAACACCCUGGUCUACACACAUCAACCACAGCCAGGAUCACAAAGUCUCCCUCCAGGCCUGGAGCGAAGCCCGGCGACUUUUUGCCUCCUCCAACUCGACUCCCUCUUCAAUUCCACACCUGGUGAUUCGAAAAGCGAGACCAUACGGGCAAGUCUAAAGCGCACUGUCGCCUAGAAUCUGUCGCUACUUCGACAGCCAUCCUCUUCACAGAUCCAUAUGGAAGGACCGCACCAGGACAUCGAGUGCAGAAGUUAGGGCAGGAUGCGACUCCAUCCGACGCCAAUAACUCGGUGGUUUGCCCACUUCCCCAAGUCUAUCAAGAAGAGAUAUAUGUCGAAUACGCACCAACGCCCUGCCUCGUCCGUGGGGUUCAGGUAGCAAACACACAUGGCAACUGCGAGGGACUCACGAGAUUCGUCUGCGUAGCAGACUGACCUAGGCCCCGGAGACAGCAAGCUGAGGACUACGGAUUCACUGGGCCAGGAUGAGGCGUGCCAGGGACAAAAAUAUGAUGGAUAAAUCUUCAUUAGUUGAUAUGGGCACUGAAUCCCCUCUAUUCAUCCCCAUCAUUAGCCUAGUCUUCUAGCCACAACAUGGUCCCUCCUGUCACGCUGUCCCAUGAGACACCCAAUACCAUCAACAUUUUCCUCUCA